AAAAAUGAUUGUCACAGCAAAAGGUGUAAAAUUCUCGUAAAUGCGAACUUCAAUUCGUUCGCCUCAGCUCCAUCGACUACAUAAUUUUCCUUUCUUGUCCGCUCUUGAAGUAGAUCAACAAGAACCAAUCAGGUGCCGCGUAAUAUGUGCGCGCACUGUGAUUGGUUGYCUAAAAAUAGAUUAUCGGGACAUCUGAUUGUGGUGAUAUUAUUAGGGAGAUGGACACUUCUGGUUAUGUACUUCUGGCUCCCCUUAAUGUUUCAGGGGCGACAGAAGCGUACCCGCUACGAAAAAUAAAUAAAUAAAUAAAUGAAACAAAGAAAUUAUUUCAUUAAUAAAAAUCAUUUUUUUCCAGAAGAUAACAAACAAAGCCCAGAUGAAAAGUCAAAAUCAAGUGUAAGAGUGAGUGGCGAAAUUGAUCAGCAUCAGAGUUUGCAGGACGGUCUACAGCGGAACCAAUACCUAUCACAAAACGAACCGGGCAUAGAGCAAGGACGGUCUGAUCUACAGCAAGGACAACAGCCAAUGGAGCAAUUUCAGCGAGCAGACCCACAGAAUGAACAAGAGCAACUAAUGAAGGAACAACAUCAAAGUCAGAUCCAGCAACAUUUGGAUGUCGAAGAAAGGAAUUACAUGUGUAUAACACUACUGCUUUACAGAGUAGGCUUGGUAAAGUUACGGCAGUUUUUCAUAAACGAGUGGAAUUCUUUGGGCGACUUUGCUCCAUGGACAGAUUGUCCUCAAAAUGGGGCUGAUUUGUUGAGAAAAUUCAAGCCACUUUCCUAUGAAAUACCAAAAGUCAGGUCGGGUGAUUCAAGAACAUGGGAUAUAUCUAUCCUCAUCAGAGUACUGUUGAGCUCCUGGCCUCCACUUGUGUCCGAAUCCGAUUUAGUUAAUAGCUUGAAAUGUUUGAGGGAAAUAAGAAACCAAAUCUGCCAUACAGGGAGUGGAAGAAUCGAGUCAUCAGAAUUCACCAUUAUGUACGAUGAUGUGUGCAGCGCAUUAAUGGCAUUUGGAGCCUCAUCGAAGGAUUUUAGAGAAGUUGUGGAAGCUGUACAGCAGCCAUGGAAAGACUUGUCAGCUAUUGUAAAGCAUUUUGCAUCACAAGAUGAAGACAUCUUAGGAGGAUUUUAUAAAGUAAACGAAAAACUCGAUCAACUACAUAAGAAAGUAGACAGAGUAGAGAAGAGCCAGCAAGAGCUUCAAAAAACUGUAGAAGAAAUAAAGCAAAGCCAAUCAGAUCAACUGCAACAAAAAGAAGCCAUACUGCAAGAACAGUCAGGUCUACGAGAAGAUAUUGAAGAACUUAGGAAAGAUCAACAGAAAGGACAAGAGAAGCUACUUAUUGAAAUCAAAAAACGACGGCACAAACUAACUAAAUCAAUAUCCUCAAAUGAAGAUGUGGAAUUGUAUUCCAAAAACCUCAAGGAAAAUUUGACCAGCUGCAAAGGGUAG